AUGGCUCGGCAUAAGCAAAACCAUCGAAAAACGCGCGAGUCGAAGAAUCGCACAGCGGGAAUCUCAUCAAAUAACUUGUACAUGAAUCUUGCGGAAGACACCGAAACCGGAGAGGUGAAUGCUCACCUUGCUGAGCGCUUUGCCGGAUUCUGUUCGCCAUACGACAACAAGUCUCAGCCACGUGCUGCGCCAGCGUCCGCUUUCUCGAGAGCGAACAUACAGGAAUACUUCAAACUCUCACAAGAGCCCGUAGCUGGUGGAACAUGGGUACAGAAACCAGAAUUUCCUUCUGCCUCCGAAAUUCUUCCAACCCCCAACAUCGGCACUAGAGAAACGAUCAUUGAUGUAUCGGAGGACCUACGACACAAUAAAGUUGAAGGUGCAUAUGACACCCAUGAAGAGUACCUUAGCACACAGUACUCUCUUCUCCGUGAGGAUGCCAUCCGUCCUCUGCGGGAAGCUGUGUCGGAAGUGCAGGCAUCGCCAUGGCUUGACGAGUCACAGUACCCCAAAGGCGCUAAUAUCGGAAUCUAUGACCCAGUCUACAUCACCUCGAUUGUAUUCUCUCCCCGAGGUCUAGCAACAAGGGUCGCCUUUUCCCUUAGUCGAGUCAAGAAACUCGUUCGCUGGGAGCAAUCCAAGCGACUCAUCCCAGGAACCCUAGUUGCACUGAGUCCAGCAGAUGAUUGCUUCCAGACCCAAUGUAUCCUCGCUACUGUUGCCGCACGCGCUCUUGCUGCGCUUGAUCAAAAUCCGCCAGAAAUUGAUCUGUUCUUCGCCAACCCUGCAGAUAUGGAGAUUGAUCCCAUGAAGAAGUGGGUCAUGGUAGAGAGUCGUUCGACUUUCUAUGAGGCCAGCCGACACACCCUCAUGGCGCUGCAACACAUGAUGCAAGAGCCACAGCCCUUCCCCCUUUCUGAACAUCUCGUACAAGCUCAGUCACAAGUCGACGCUCCGAUAUACGUCCAGCAGAAUCCCUUUAAAGAUAUGAGUUCGCUGGUUGCGCUUGAGGAAAACAAUAUCUUUGAGAAUGUCGACAUCUUGAAGGAAUGGCCGUCGAGCAGCUCACAUGGCUUAGAUAAAUCACAAUCUAAUGCCCUGAAGCGGAUAUUGACCAAGCGUCUUGCUAUUGUUCAGGGCCCUCCAGGUACCGGCAAGACGUAUAUUUCUGUUGUCGCUUUGAAAAUACUUUUAGCGAACAUGCGAAAAGAGGAUCCCCCCAUCAUCGUCACUUGUCAAACCAACCAUGCUCUAGACCAGCUACUUCGUCAUGCAGCUGAGUUUGAGCCAAACUUCGUUCGGCUUGGUGGUCGUUCUAAGGAUACGGACAAGGUCAAGCGGCGGACUCUUUUCGAGGUUCGCUCAAACUUCUCCCAGCCUAAGAACCACACAGGCUUAAAGUCGAUCGCGAUGAAGAUGAUAAGGGAGCUAACAAAACGAAUGCAAAUGCUUCUUGCGCCACUAGAAUCAAACAAACCUCCCCUAGAUCACAGGCUCCUCGAGAAACUCGGGCUUAUCACAAAUGAACAGGCUGAGUCGUUGGAAAUGGAACCCGAGAUGGCGAUGGGAAUAUCUCCAAACACACCUGGCAUACAGAUGGAGCAAUGGCUUGGAAGGAGCCUCACUCCUUGUCUUCGCCCUAUUGCUCCGGAUGAUUUUGGGUUCGAAUUUGAAGAGGAAGACUUCGAGCUUGAGCAGCUCAAAGAACUAGAGGCUGAAGCUGUGGCUCGAGAUGACGACGACAUCGAAGCUCUCAAAGGCCCGUAUAUUCUUUUAAGCGACAACAAGACUGGCAGAGGUGCAGCGUUGAUGGAUCAGGAAAUCAGGCAACUCCUCAGGAGGGCGCAAGACCUCACGACAAUCCCGACCGCACAACGAGGAGCCGUGUACAACUAUUUUCAACGGGAGACGAAGAGGCUCUUGCGGGCCGAAUUUCGAGAACUAGCAAAGGCAUACGAAAAUGCCGUCCUCGAUCGCCGUGUUGGGCAAUGGGAGAUUGACUACCGCAUUCUCAAGGACCAACGAGUUAUCGGUAUGACAACGACUGGAUUGAGCAAGUAUCGGGGCCUCGUCGCCAGCCUAAGCCCGAAAAUUGUUCUCGUUGAAGAAGCCGCCGAGACUCUUGAGGCGCCCAUAACUGCAGCCUGUGUUCCAUCUCUGGAGCACUUAAUCCUGGUCGGCGACCACCAACAACUUCGCCCUCAUUGUUCCGUCAGGGAAUUUGAGAACGAGCCGUACCACUUCAAUUUGUCGCUGUUUGAGAGGAUGGUCAACAACGACGUUGAGUACGAAACUUUAAAGCGUCAGCGCCGAAUGAUACCGGAAAUUCGUCGCCUAUUACGACCUAUAUAUGGCGAGGAGCUCAAAGAUCACCCUUCCGUAAAGCUCUCUGAUAAUCGACCACCAGUUGAGGGAAUGGGUGGAAACAACUCUUUCUUCUUCCACCAUCAGUGGCCAGAGUCGCGGGACGGCAAUAUGUCAUCCACGAAUGAUAUGGAGGCUAAUAUGAUUGUUGGCUUCGUCGAUUAUCUCAUCUUCAACAAUGUCAGUCCGAUUAAAAUCACGAUCCUUACCUUCUACAACGGACAGCGCAAGACCAUUUUGAAGAAGCUCAGGAAGCAUCAAAAUCUCAAGGAUCUUAGCCAAUUCAAUGUCGUCACUGUCGACUCAUACCAGGGUGAAGAAAACGAUAUUGUCUUGCUUUCAUUGGUUCGCAGCAACAAACGCCACAAUAUUGGCUUCCUCUCUGUCGACAACCGCGUAUGCGUUGCAUUGUCCCGAGCCAAGAGAGGCUUCUAUAUCUUUGGCAACGCUGAAAUGCUUGCUUGCGAGAGUGGGGCAUGGGCCGAUGUUGUUGACAUAAUGUGCGGUAAGAAGUUCAAGAAGGACAAGCCUACCACCGGCCAAGAGCUCCGUGUUGGCUUUCGGUUCCCGCUGCAAUGUACUCAACAUGGGAACAAGACCUGGAUCAAGGAACCCGAUGACUGGGACAUCGUCAAUGGCGGUUGUGAUCAGCCUUGCCGAUGCCUUUUGCCUUGCGGUCAUACUUGCAUGCUAAAGUGCCAUCCGUUCGACAAGUCCCGCGUCAACUGCACUCAGAAGUGCAUGAGACGAGUCGAACUCUGUGGCCAUCCUUGUGCGGAACUCUGCUGCGAUCCUUGCAAAUGCCAGUUCUGCGGCAGACGAGAUAACGGAAUGAGAGCGACGCUGAAACCAACACCAAGGAAUUCUGCAUACAACGCCCCAGCGCCACCUUCAUCAUUCGUCCAGCAUUCUAGGAAUGCAUUUGCCGGUACCUUUUAUGGAGGAAGUAGCUUCGGAGGAGGAGCGUGCCGUGCAGCUCUGGAGUUUCAAUCUCCGAGUCAGGCGGAGAGCACACAUCGCUCCUCAGGCAGUAGCGUCGAGCAAUGGAAGGCAUACGCCAAGGAUGGGGCAAAGGAAGACGAUGCUCAAGCUUUACGCAACGCUAAGGAAAUGGAUACCAAGUUCUUCGAACAAAUUGCGAGGACUCCGUCGGCUGGCCAGGUUUCACUAGUUACCAACACCAAGGUAUCACCCGUCAAGCCAAGGAUUAGUUUGCUUGUUGAUCUUGAGGAGAACGUGCAGUCUAACCAGCAUUACAAGUUCAAGGACACAUUAUUCUAUACCGCCGCCGCAGCUACUACUAUUGCAGCUCCUGUUGCAACAUCCAAGAGGGCGGAUGGUCUCAAUAGUCAAUCGAGCGUGAGCUUGCUUGAUUGAGAUUCCGUCAUUUUCAUCCAAGAUCACCGGCGGCACUCUGCUUCUCAGUGGGAUGCUAAUGAGAUCGAGUGCGAGGGGAGUAAAUUAUUUUAUGGAACUAGAUAGACAAUGUCAGGUCUUCGCUUCCGGACAGGAGAGAGCUCACUAUCCUUUCAACUAGACAGCCAGUCGCUGUAGCUAGUAGGGGCUCACU